AUGUUCGGGACGAGCUACCUGCGCGAAGCGGGAAAGGGAAACGAGCGGGAGUCCGAUCCGCACGACGAGUGGAGUGGGGCAGGUGCCCCAAAGCCGAGCUUGGGAAGCUUACAGGAGUUCAACGAGCGCUUCAGCAAGUACGUGCAGCGGGCCCGGGCUGUUGAGCGGAGCACCGCUGUGCUGGAGAAGCAGCUGGAGGGUCUGCAGCAGAUCGAGGAACUCUCGGGUCUUGAGGGGGUGUUCACAGAACAGAUUGACCACAACCAGCAGAGAAUUUGGCAGCUGCUCAAUGACCUCAACCGCCUGGAAAAGGAGCUGAAGGAUGCUCAGCGAGCCUUGGACGAAUAUUGCACCAAAUAUAGAACUGAAUGUGAGAGCCAUGAGGAGCUUCAGGAUACUUUUGAAAACCUGAACAAGAAUGCAAAUGAAGCUUUAUUAAAGAACUUGGAGCUCCAGAUCCGUACCCAAUUCCUACAGGAAGAUAUUCACUCUACUAAAGAGAGAAACAGGAAGAAUCUAGCAGAAAUUCAGGACUACAUGAACGUUCUAAAGGAUGUCCGCCAGUCCACAAGUUGUAAACCUUCAACCACAUUAAGCCAUGAGGAAGAAGAGGAGCAGUUGGCUGUGGAGAGGGAGUCUUUGAUGACUUCUCAGUUGGAUGACUACAAGGGUGGUCCCUCUCAGUUACAGAGCCAGAGUGAGACUACCAUGGCCAUGCCGGAAGAUUACCUGAAUCAAAUCGAACCGUACAGGGAACAAAUUGAAGACUUAAGGGAAAGGAUGGGGAAAGCUGAGAGGAACUUGGAAAAAUGUGCCAAUGAGUGUCGACAAGUUAUCAUGUUCCAACAAUCACUGGAAGAUGAAUUGGAGAGCUACAAGAGGUUCAUUGCAAAUGAAGAUUACAGAUCACUAUCUGCCCUGACUGAAACACAAACCACCCCUUUGUCCACAAGUCAUCGGUACGAAUACACAGAGGUCAUACCUGAGAGCAAAGCUUUCACUGUGGCCACACAGUACAGCACACAUGCUAAAUCCAGUCAGAAAGGCCAUUCUAGAAAAGUCGCAAAGAGAAAGGACAUUGCAUCUUCAGAUGGCAUGGGUACUGAGGGAGCUGACCAGGAAUGUGCAAAGAAACCUUCUGAAAUGAGCGAAGACCGGAAAAUCAGUGUAGAAGAGGAUGAGCAAGAAGAUGAGGAGGAAGAGUUUUAUUCUGAUGAGGGAGAACAGGAUCCAAGACCAGAUGAUGUACCAGACGGAGCACAGAUCAGCAGGAUUUAUCACGCAUUAAGUAAUAUGGUGAGAGAGAGAAUGAGAAGACACAAAAAACCAGAAUUACCCGUAGCGGAGUUCUAUACCAAAGGGCACUAUGUGCUAGUUACAGGUGAAGCCAGUUAUAUGGAUCCUUUCUUCUGUACAUCAGUUCCUGCUAGGAGUCAAGUAACUGUUACUUUUGAUGAUCAACGCUUUCCUGUUGAUAUCGACUCUCUUCCACAGCCAGAUCAGCCCACACCUUUAAAACACAAUGGAAAUGACGAUGGCGGGAAAGGACUUGACUCCACUAAAGAGAGUGGCAAAGACAAGUCUGAAGAUGAAAAGCAAGGUGACAGAAAAUCAGGUGCUAAUGGAGAAUGCAAGGGACCGACACUAUCGCCAUUGAUUUCACCUCCAACCCCAUCAAUGCCAGAACCUUCACAAGUCUCGGACUAUAAGCCGACACCUUUCAGUGGUCCAUCGACACCAGAGCUGGAUCCAAAUGCACCUGACAAAUGUGCAUCUAAAGGUGCCCCUUCUGGAGACAAACAGAAAGAUGAUGAGGACAGAGCCAGGAGAAUCAUACCCCCACCACCACAGCCUUCAGAAAAUAAGCACCCAGAGGAGCCAAAGUAUAGGUACUAUGAAAAGAUAGAAAUGACUGAAGCAGUUGAGACAUUUACAGACAACAAACUGCAAGGUUAUGCAGAGACUUCCACAAUUGUGGAGACCACAGUGGAAAAGACAAACCAGGAGAAGAGAACAAAGAGGUUCUAAAUUAGUGACUUUCACAUGUACAAUUUAAAAAAAAAAUGUA